GUACAACUCCAGAUAGCAUGUUGAUCCUUCCAAUUCUGACAGCAAGGACAUUCUGGAUCAUAGUUGAGUGCAACAUGCAGGAAGGUCUGGAAGGAAAUCCUGUUGCGCAAACUAUGAAAACCUAUUCUAGAAUCCUAACUGUCAUUGCAAUUCCAGUUAUGAUGAGCUUCCUCAAGGCACUGUUCUGUUAUUGACUCACCUCCAACAUCUUAUCUCUUACAUAUGGAUAAGUGAUGAGAUGCUCAAAUGUGAUUUGUGUACUCUUGGAACUAUGGCAGUGAGAUCUUGCUUCACAUUGAUCAAGUGAUUAUUUAUUAAUUUAACUAGUUGGUCCACAGGUACAUUAUCGAUUCUCUUUCUUCCACUCCCUUGAUUACUAAUUGAAAUUGGAUGCUGGAUUGGAUGCAUUGGGUGAGUUGGUACGUACAUUCUCGAUUCUCAACAAAUACUUUUCCCAACUGGGACCGUGCUCAGCCCAUGUGUGUCAUGGCCACAAUGGAGAAAUCAAUACCCUUAAGAGGAAAUGUUAACUGGAUGAAGGCACGUGAGGGACUGCUUAAGUGUACUGAACUUGGUUUAUCAAAAAAUGAGUUAAAGAAGCUGUUACCAAUUGUGGAUGCCAGUUCAUCCUGUUCAGGAGCUUUUGAUGGUGUCCUUGAGCUUCUAGUUCGAGCUGGCAGAAGCCUCGCUGAAGCUAUUAUGAUGAUGAUUCCUGAAGCAUGGCAAAAUGACAAGAACAUGGAUCCUGAUAGGAGAGCACUGUAUCACUUCAAAAAAAAAAUUGCAAUGGCUUCACCAAUGGCAUCUACUGAUGAUGACAACAUGGUAAACAUGGGAGUCCAUGGUUUACUAAUUUUGGAUAGCAAUUAA